CUUGUGGCGUUGACGAUUUAAUUUAACCCACAAUUCUCUAAAUCCGUGGCAACCCAUCGAUUCUUCUUCUAUAAUUCACCGCACCUUCUCCAUUCUCCAUCUUCUCUCUCUCUCUGUCUCUCAUUCAUUUCUGCAAUUCUUCUACGCGUAGGUGCAAGGUUGAAGGGGGACUCAUGACUGGAAAAGAGAUUCUCCACAAGAUGAAGGAAAAAGUAGGGCUGGGUUCCUCGGACCCCGACUCCGGAAAAGGAAAGAGCAAGAUGUCGAAGCAUGUCACACAUGGAUUUCACUUGGUGGAAGGGAAAUCACAUCAUGCCAUGGAAGAUUAUGUGGUUGCAGAGUUUAAGCAAGUUGAUCAUCACGAGCUUGGUUUAUUUGCAAUCUUUGAUGGCCAUUUGAGCAAUGCUAUCCCCGAUUAUUUACAGUCAAAUUUAUUUUCUAAUAUUAUAAACGAGCCCGAUUUUUGGACAGAUCCGAAGAAUGCAGUAAGGAAAGCAUAUAGGGAAACUGACGCAUACAUUUUAGAGAAGGCUGUUGAUUUUAGUCAUGGGGGUUCAACUGCUGUUACAGCCAUAUUAAUUGACUGUCAAAUACUAGUAGUGGGCAACGUGGGGGACUCCCGUGCAGUUAUCUGUAGGAACGGCAAGGCCAGUCAAUUAUCAGUCGAUCACGAGCCAAGCGUUGAAAGAAAAAGCAUCGAGAAUAGAGGCGGUUUUGUAACAAAUUUUCCUGGGGACGUUCCUCGUGUUGAUGGGCAGUUGGCGGUUGCUAGGGCAUUUGGUGACAGGAGCUUAAAGAUUCACUUGAGCUCAGAGCCUGAUGUGGUAGUGACGAAGAUAGACGACGAGACUGAAUUCGUUAUCUUGGCAAGCGAUGGAUUGUGGAAGGUGAUGUCGAACGAAGAAGCCGCAGAGUCCAUCAGGCAAAUAAAAGAUGCUCGAGCGGCUGCCAAGCACCUGACAGAGGAGGCCCUCAAGAGAAAGAGCAAAGAUGAUAUUUCCUGUAUAGUUGUGAGAUUUCAGUGAUUCCACCAUUAUGGACUUCUGGUUCUGUCCCAACAGCUGAAGAAUGGAAGAACCUAAAAGAACCAGUUCCAAAGCUCUUUUUUCUUUUUUUUUCUCUCUCUUUUUCUGAUGUAUAGGGAAGCCAAAUAAACUUAGUUGUGGAUUUUAGCCAAAAACAUGAACUUAUAUUUCCAUGUAUCAAAUGCUUGUCUUCCAUUGAUGUUAAA